CCGCUGCCGCCGCCGCCGCCGCCGCCGCCGCUCGCGGAGCCGGAGGAGGCGGAGCUGGCGCUGUCCCGGCUCUGGAGCGGGGUUGCAGCCGAGGAGGCGGCGCGGCGGGCCCGGGUGACUAAGGCUCGGGCGGGGCGGCGGGAGAGGCUGGCCGGCAGCGCCGGCAGCGCGGGGAGAGCGGCGCCUUGGGGUGGGCGCUCCCGGCGAGAGGAGUCCGCUCCAUGCGUGCGGGCCGAGCCCGGCCCCUGCGAGCCGUCGACAUGAAGAAAGACGUGCGGAUCCUGCUGGUGGGAGAACCUAGAGUUGGGAAGACAUCACUGAUUAUGUCUCUGGUCAGUGAAGAAUUCCCAGAAGAGGUUCCUCCCCGGGCAGAAGAAAUCACCAUUCCAGCUGAUGUCACCCCUGAAAGAGUUCCAACACACAUUGUAGAUUACUCAGAAGCAGAACAAAGUGAUGAACAACUUCAUCAAGAAAUAUCACAGGCUAAUGUCAUCUGCAUAGUUUACGCUGUCAACAACAAGCAUUCUAUUGAUAAGGUGACAAGUCGAUGGAUUCCUCUCAUAAAUGAAAGAACAGACAAAGACAGCAGGCUGCCCUUGAUAUUGGUUGGGAACAAAUCUGAUCUGGUGGAAUAUAGUAGUAUGGAGACCAUCCUUCCUAUUAUGAACCAGUACACAGAAAUAGAGACCUGUGUGGAGUGUUCAGCAAAAAACCUUAAGAACAUAUCAGAACUCUUUUAUUAUGCACAGAAAGCUGUUCUUCAUCCUACAGGGCCCCUGUACUGCCCAGAGGAGAAAGAGAUGAAACCAGCCUGUAUAAAAGCCCUUACACGUAUAUUUAAAAUAUCCGAUCAAGAUAAUGAUGGUACCCUCAACGAUGCUGAACUCAACUUCUUUCAGAGAAUUUGUUUCAAUACUCCAUUAGCUCCUCAAGCUCUGGAAGAUGUCAAGAAUGUAGUCAGAAAACAUAUAAGUGAUGGCGUGGCUGAUAGUGGAUUGACCCUAAAAGGUUUUCUUUUUUUACACACACUUUUUAUCCAGAGAGGGAGACACGAAACUACUUGGACUGUGCUUCGACGAUUUGGUUAUGAUGAUGAUCUGGAUUUGACACCUGAAUAUUUAUUCCCUUUGCUAAAAAUACCUUCUGAUUGCACUACUGAAUUAAAUCAUCAUGCGUAUUUGUUUCUCCAGAGCACCUUUGACAAGCAUGAUUUGGAUAGAGACUGUGCUUUGUCACCUGAUGAACUUAAAGAUUUGUUUAAAGUUUUUCCUUACAUACCUUGGGGGCCAGAUGUGAAUAACACAGUUUGUACAAAUGAAAGAGGCUGGAUAACCUACCAGGGAUUCCUUUCCCAAUGGACGCUCACGACCUAUUUAGAUGUACAGCGGUGCCUGGAGUAUUUGGGCUACUUAGGCUAUUCAAUAUUGACUGAACAAGAGUCUCAAGCUUCAGCCAUUACAAUAACAAGAGAUAAAAAGAUAGACCUUCAGAAAAAACAGACUCAAAGAAAUGUGUUCAGAUGUAAUGUAAUUGGGAUGAAAAACUGUGGGAAAAGUGGAGUUCUUCAGGCUCUUCUUGGAAGAAACUUAAUGAGGCAAAAGAAAAUUCGUGAUGAUCAUAAAUCCUACUAUGCGAUUAACACUGUUUAUGUAUAUGGACAAGAGAAAUACUUGUUGUUGCAUGAUAUCUCAGAAUCGGAAUUUCUAACUGAGGCUGAGAUCAUUUGUGAUGUUGUGUGCCUGGUAUAUGAUGUCAGUAACCCCAAAUCCUUUGAGUACUGUGCCAGGAUUUUUAAGCAACACUUUAUGGACAGCAGAAUACCUUGCUUAAUCAUAGCUGCAAAGUCAGACCUGCAUGAAGUUAAACAAGAAUAUAGUAUUUCACCUACUGAUUUCUGCAGGAAACACAAAAUGCCUCCACCACAAGCCUUCACUUGCAAUACUGCUGAUGCACCCAGUAAAGAUAUCUUUGUUAAAUUGACAACAAUGGCCAUGUACCCAGAGGAUCAUUACAGAGACAGCCUCUCCCGAGACAUGGGCAACACUGAUAGGAUAGAGAAUUUGAGAAAAAUCUGGGUCUUUCUAAAAACUGCUUUCCAUGCCCGGUUACGCUGUAUGUGCACCUGCAACAGGUGUACAUUUUGCAUCUGUCAGAACUUCCUCAACUCAGACUUGCUGCAAUCUGUAAAGAACAAAAUCUUCACUGCAGUUCUUAACAGUUUUAGUUCUGCCCUUUAGAACAACAUACGACUAUUCUACUCCCUCUUCAACAUAGCAAUCCUUCAGACAUUUGAAGACGGCCAUCAUGUCUCCCCUAAUUUUCUCUUCUCCAGGUAGAACAUCCCCAUUUCUUUCAGCCUUUUCUUAAAUUAGAUGGUUUAGUGACCUCAUCAUUCCUGGUUGUCCUCACCUCAAGCCCCUUAGGUUUUCAGAGUACCUCUUAACAGGUGCCACUGAAAAUGGAGAACACUGCUCCAGGUGUGGUCUGACUUGUCCAGAACGGUGGGCAGUCCUGUUCCACAGUUAGGACAGCACCUGUCUACUGCACCGAUUAACUUUUUGGCAGCCUCAUCUCACUGUUGAUAUAUAUUAAUCUUGGGGUUAACUGAAAUCAGAUUUUUUUCACAUGAAAUGCUAUUAAGGCAGUGUCUUUUCCUCUCUAAUUGUGUAUUUGCCAUUUUUAGUUGGCUCUUUGAGUCUAAAUGCAGAUACGUAUGUAUCUCUAUUAAAUGUCGUAUUCUUUUUGAUCCAUUUGUUCUAGCUCAGUCAUUUCAAACAUUAUUUUUGUCAUUUGUCCCAUUUUAUAUCUCUCUCAGCAUUGUGUUAUUUGCAAAAUUUGGUGGAUAUGUCUUCUUUAUCUUUCAAGUUGUUGAUAUAAAAUAAUGUUGGAUGCCCAGAGAUUGAAGAGAGAGAGCUAAAGCAAGCAAGCUCUAUAGCGUUCCACUAGAGAACUGUUUUCCCAGUGACACAGGUUCAGAGUUCUUGGGGGGGAAAUUACUCGGUCGAUUAAAAAUAUUUUAUUAUCCAGUCCAUAUUUUUAUCUUAUUAUCUUACGAGAUAUUUCAUGGAGGGCUUUUUUGAAAUCAGUAUAUAAUUUCUACAACAGUCCUCUUAUUUACCAAUAUAGUAAUUUUAUCUCAGUAGGAAGUGACAUCUUAUUUGGUGUCUUAUUCUUGGUGAACUCGCUCUGGCGCCUACUAAUUGCCGAUCACAGACCAUCUAUUUUAUUUAUUCUAGAAGCUCUUGAUUGUCCAGAAUUGCAGAUUGAUUCAUUGUCUGCAUCUUUAUGACAAUUUUAUUCUUAGAUUGGUUUAGUUCAGCUUCCAAAUGAAAUAGGUGGGGUGUGCAUUAUUGGAUGAGCUUGCUCAUAGUAUAUUACUCUGUACAGUGAUCCUCGAAGAGAACUCAGUACCUUUUGUCGCAUCUAUUUAUAAACUAGAAGUAAUUGAAUGAUAAUGUCAAGGUACAUCACUGACAUCUGAUAAUCAAGAAUGGAAGGAAUGAAAAAGGUGAGGAGGGAAACCAGUGUACCUUUCAAAGAACUCCUUCCUUGACCCCUGGUAGUAUUUCAAUAAUUUAUUUGAUAGGAGUACAGUGGAAAUUUAAAAGUUGUAUAUUGAAGUUUUUUAUAGUUUACAGAAGGAUAUAGAUAAGACAGGUGGGGGUGGAGGCCCAAAACUUAAGUGCCUGCAGGGUCUGGAUGGAUAAUGUAAAUGAAGGAGGUGGCUCAGUGUAAGAAAUAAGAGAAGUGGGGACUGUGAUGGGUCCUGUUUAAACAAGGCAGCCACAACUCAUCUCUGGCCAUUUUGUUGUUGUUCGGCCGGGUGUCACCAGUCUUCUGAUUCUGUCAGACUAGACAUUUCCUGAUAUUUAAAUAAUAAAAAUUAAAUUUUAAAAUUUAAAAGUACUAAUCAGAACAAACAAAGCAUGAUUAUAGGCCACCAGUUUGCAAUCUUAGUCUGACGAUAUGGCUUAGAGUUGUAGGCACACACACAAAAGUACACCUAAGGAAUGAAAAUGUCGCUUAACCUCGCCACCCUCUAUUUUACUCCUUUCUCAUGAAAAAUUUGGAAAAGAUACAAGGCGAUGGGGUGAGAAUGGAAUCACCUUACCCUAGUAUUUCUCAGGUUUUGGCAACCUUUGGCGGUUGGCUAUCAUUGGUUUGCCAUGCUAGAUAUACUUGUAUCUCAAUGCUACAUAAGCAGAAAAAGGAUUGAUUGAUUGAGUACAAAUCAUUUUAGAAUUUUUCACUGUAAUUCAGUAGGGAGGAUUCUCACUCAACACUAAGUCUUAAAUCUUUCGUUUUAGAAAUCCACCAUGCCUAGUUUUUGAUUUAGAAAUGUAAAAGAGCAGUUUUAAAAUUUUCAUUUAAGCAAAAAGUUUCAUUAAAUGUCUGCAAAGAAAUUGAUAGACAAAUAUUGGUCCAUGCAUGUUGGUCUCAAAUUAGUGCGUUGGUUUAGUGUGCUUAUAAAAAAUUUGGUCGCUGAAAUGGAAAUUACUUCCAGAGAUAAUACAUGUUUGAGGCCACAUUCUCCCUUUUAUCUCAUCCCCACCUCUUUGAUUUAUUUAUUUAAAUACUUAAUUUAAGUACCUGCUUUAGGUAGGAUACUGCUGUGAGCUGGGGCAAAAUAUGAAGAUGAAGAAGAUAUGGACCUGUCUUUAAGUACCUUGCUAAAUAUUAUGUUUUUAAAAAUUGUUUUUCUUUAAACUUUGGUUAUAUUUUCCGUGACCUUAGUGUCAUACUAAAAAAGGAAGUGCUAUAACCUAAUCAUGAGAUGAUUUAUGCCUAUAAUUAAUUUUUAUUUAGGCAGUUUUAAUAGAUUCAUUUCUGAAAGUGUCCAUUUUUUCCCUAGCUAUGUGUCUUUGAUCAGAAAAGAUUGUCCCUUUUAUGGAGCUUAUAUACUGGCAGUACACAUUUUAAGUAGAAAGUAGUAAUAAAUGUUUUUCUUUCCAAUUUAA